CGCUCACACAUAGACGUGCUGUUCUUAUCUUUUCUCAUUAAAAGAAUACAACAUGCCUGACAAAAAUGUUAUUACUCAACUAAUGUUAUGCUGGAGGUUGGGUUUGGCUGCCCUUGAAGGUAACAUCUUAAGGAUGUCAUCUAGAAUCUGAACUAGUCAGAGUGAACCAAUUCAAACAUCAUGACUGAUGAGAAUGCAUCUGGUGCUUAUGAAUAUGAUCCCGAUUAUGAAGACCAGAUCUGCAAUAAAGAAGAUGUGCUGAAGGUCGGAUCUAUUCUCAUACCCAUCUUUUUCACACUAGUGGUCGUGCUGAGUUCUAUCGGUAACAUUCUGGUUCUCAUCGUGCUGGUGUUUUACGAGAGCCUCAGAUCCCUCACCAACGUCCUCAUUCUUAAUUUAGCUGUGUCAGAUCUGCUCUUCACUUUUGGACUUCCAUUCUGGGCCUCUUACUACAUCUGGGGUUGGACGUUUGGAGACGUCGGCUGCAAAGCGGUGAAGUUUGUGUUCUACGCUGGAUUUUAUAGCAGCGUGUUGUUCUUAACUCUAAUGACCGUUCAGCGCUACAUGGCAGUGGUUCAUUCUCCUCUCUCGGACUGGGAGAGAUGCAGAGGCUGCUCAAUCGCUCUCAUCAUCAUCGUAUGGAUGCUGAGCGGAGCGGGCGCACUGUUAGGGUCACAUCGAAGCAAAGUUAUACAAGAAUCACCAAAAAACACAUAUUGUGAAUACGACAGCAUUCAAGUGAAGCUUUGCAUCGUUUAUCUUCAAAAUGGCAUUUUCUUCAUUGCAUUUCUCAUCAUGGGCUUUAGCUAUAUGAAAAUGCGUCAGAUGAUGAUCAAACUUCAGACCAAUAGCAAACACAAGACCGUUAGACUGAUAUUCUAUAUUUCGUCUGUGUUUUUUAUCGGUUGGGCUCCGUACCACAUUGUAAUGUUCCUAAGAUCUUUGACUGAUCUUGGUUUAUACCCGUUUACAGACUGUAACGUAAGCAUAAACCUCGAGUAUGCGUUUUAUGUUUGCAGACUGUUAGCUUUCUCACACUGUUGCAUGAACCCGGCGUUUUAUAUUUUUUUAGAUGGUAAGAUUCAGAAUCAUUCAAGAGAAAUUCUGAAGAGAAAUUUUCAUAAGUAGCUGAACAACACGUCCUUAAC